AUGUGUGAUUUGUUCCACGCAUUAGAUAUCUUGGCAUCAACAAGUUCGAUCUGGAACCUUUGUGUGAUCAGCCUCGACAGGUACGAUUCUAAUAUUCAUGCAAAAAUAUUGGAGAAAAUUCCUGAUUUUUUUGAACGCAGAACCGUUAAGUGCAAUAUACAUGAGCUGGGCCAAGAUCCCAUAGGAUAUCGUGAUAAAGUCUCGAAACGACGUAUUUUGAUGGCUAUUUGUGGCGUAUGGAUGAUGUCCGCUUGUUUGUCAUUCCCAGCUAUUAUUUGGUGGCGGACCACAUCACCUCAUUUGUAUGAACAUAAGGUAAAAAAAUUAUUUGCAGAAUUUCGCAUCUUAAUUGUGAUGAGCAGAGUUGAUUAG